CACAACUCCGGUCACAUUGUACACGUUUUGCCAAAAAAUGCGCAUAAAAACCAUACACUAUUUUUAAUUAAAGAAAAAUCAACCACAAAAGGAUAGUAAAAAUGUCUGUGCUGCGUUUUCUGGUAACGCGCCAGGCUCUGGCUGCCCUGGCCCGGCCCAGAACCAUAAACAUUAUCGAAAAUCGAGCUCAAAUAGCUUUGGCCUCAACUCUGUGCAACCAAAAUAGCCAUAAACUUGUUCAAGACUUUGGAAAAUCGAAUGGAAAUUUAAAUAUUAUUCAAACUAGAGGGCACAAGCGCUUCGGACACCAAUCGGAGAAGACACCCAAUGUAACCAAGUACUUUCACAUGUUCAUACUGAGUUUAUUUCUCAUCUCGGUGACCGAUUGGGGCAAAGUUAAACGCCUGUUGAUGCCGAAAGUGGACGCAGAUGCUGGACAACGGCCGUCAUCAGCUGCCGGGGUUAAUGGCGAGGAUAAAUCAUCUGAUUCCGAGUCGGAUGAUAGCGACGACGAUGAGGGCGGUUCUGAUUUGCACUUGCAUGAAGGCAAGAAGAUUCGCGAGAAAGUCGGUUUCCGCGAAAGGAAGAUCAUCGAGUAUGAGAACCGUAUCCGGCAGUUUUCUACGCCGGACAAAGUGUUUCGUUACUUUGCCACCAUUCAAGUGCCAGUGGCUGAUGACAGGCACGAGGUCUAUAUGACACCCACAGAUUUUCUCACCAGUAUGACGCCAGGAAUGAAGCAGCCGGAUGGUUUGGGCCUGGAUCAGUAUCGUCGGUAUGACCCUAAGUCUGUUGGAGAGCUGCUGAAUCUUCACCUGGAGAAGAACAGCAUCUUUUAUAAACUUGGCUCAUAUGGACUGAUUACUUUCUCGGACUACAUUUUCCUACUCACAGUGCUUUCCAUUUCCCGCCGACAUUUUGAGAUUGCCUUCCGCAUGUUCGACCUCAACGGCGAUGGAGACGUGGACUGUGAAGAAUUCGAAAUGGUGGCCACUUUGGUAAGGCAGCAAACCAGCAUGGGAACCCGCCAUCGAGAUCAUGCCAAUACUGGAAACACUUUCAAGGGUGUAAACUCAGCCUUGAUCACAUAUUUCUUUGGACCCAAUAUGGAUGAGAAGCUGACGAUCGAAAAGUUCCUGGACUUCCAGGAGCAACUACAGAAGGAGAUUCUAUCGCUGGAAUUUGAGAGAAAAGAACCGAACGAGGAGGGCAAUAUAUCAGAAGCUGAUUUCGCUGAGCUCCUGUUGGCCUAUGCCGGAUAUCCUUUGAAGAAAAAGCAAAAGAAACUGAAGCGGGUGAAGCGACGAUUCAGGGAUCAUGGCAAAGGAAUCUCAAAGCAGGACUAUCUAGACUUUUUCCACUUCUUGAACAAUAUUAAUGAUGUGGACACUGCCCUGACUUUCUAUCAUAUUGCUGGAGCUUCCAUUGAUCAGCAAACGUUGCAACAUGUGGCCAAAACAGUGGCCUUGGUCAACCUCUCCGAUCAUGUGGUGGAUGUGGUCUUUACCAUUUUCGAUGAGAACAAUGACAACCAGCUUAGUAACAAGGAGUUCAUUUCGGUUAUGAAAAACCGGGUGCAGCGUGGUUUGGAAAAGCCCAAGGACACUGGCUUCCUCAAAAUGAUGCGAUCUGUGUUCAAAUGCGCCAAAGAAACUAAACCCGUUCUACUGGACAUCUAAAGAUUGUUUCUUGUUGGAUUCUCCCGCUGAAAGCGCCCAAUCUUAGUCAUUUUUCCUACGCCUACGCUUCUCUCGACUAUUUAUUUAUAUAGUUAAUGUUUACUUGAAACGAUUUUAGCUCAAUCCUUUUAAAGCAG